GGAAGUGAAGAGAGCGAAAGAAAGAAGCGGAGAAAUGGAUUAUAACUUAGCAGCGUUGAAGCUUCUGUGCAGGCAGCUCAACGACGCCCGCCAAGCUCCGUCCAACAACGCCGCCACACUCGGCGGCAUUCUCUUCCAACGCGCCUGGCUUCAGGGGAUUUUGGUCUUCGUCGACAGAGAUAAUGGUAAGCUGAUUCUCGACGACGGCACCGGAACCGUCGAGCUCUCUCUUUCUGGCGACUUCCGCCAACGCCCUUGGAGCCUCGGAAUGUAUGUGAUGGUUGUUGGCGCUUAUGUCGUCCGGACGAAUGAACCGUCCAUUAUUGCGGUCCACAAGAUUGUUGAUCUAUCGAAGUUUCCUGGUCGAGAGGCGAUGUGGUACCUUGAAGUCAUGGAAGCUUACAAAAUGUUCUAUGAACCUCUGGUUGAAGAAUUUUCGUAACUCGUUGCGUUGACUCAACAGGAUGUUCACACAUUACAUUCCGAAGUAACUCUACAUGGACUGACGUAGUUAAACCUAUUUACCUUACCCAAGGGUGCAGGAAUGUCAAUGCCAUAGUGUUAGAGCCUUCAAGUAUUAUGAAUAUGUUGGGAGGGGUGAUAUGGAAAAACAUUGUCAAACAAUGAAUUAUUUCAGGUAUGUAGUAGAUUGGGACAGAUAGGAGAACAGGGAAGUUUGUAUUAUUGGAAAAAUAGGGGUACUC